AUGGAGACUUCCAUGGGGAAGCCAAGCUUCUUGCGGAAUAUCAUGGUUCGUGUACUUCUCUUUGGCGUUCUGAUUAUUGUUGUUCGAUUUGCUUAUGUUGUUACCAUUACCGGAGAAUCAUGCAAUCGCGGCGAUUUCUGCUUCUUCUCUCUCCCUGAGAAUCUUAACUUCGUCAUCUCCGGUGCUGGCUCCGGCGCUUCUGCUAUUGACGCGAUCAGAUCUACGGCCGUGGGGUCUCCAGGAGAUGAUCUGUACACAAGCAGGGAUUGGAUCAAAGCCGUUCAGUUUUACUCUUCCAUCUUUCAGGAUCUGAUCGCGGACGGUUAUCUGUCGCCGGAAUCGAAGACGCUGUGUGUAGAAACGGCUUUUGGGCAAGAGGUUUUCUCACUCAGAGAGAUUGGAGUUAAGAACUCCGUUGGGAUCUCGAAGAAAGCUUUUCGACCGUUGGUGGUGAGAGGAGAGGGACAUGCUAUUCCCUUUGAGAUAAACACAUUCGAUUUCGUCUUCUCCGGUGGUGGUAGACUUGGGAAAUCGUUGAAGCAGUUGGAAUUCGCCGAGGAGAUUACUCGAACGCUGAAACCCGAAGGGUUUGCGGUGGUUCAUGUUGGUGCUACAGAUACGUACAGUUUCAAUUCAUUCCUUGAUUUGUUUAAUUCUUGCAAAUUGGUCAAGAUGCGUGAUAUAGAUGGUUUUGAUUCUUCAAUGCCUCAUAUCAGAGAAUUUGUUAUUCAGAAAUACUCAGAGAUUGAUGUUCAUCACCGGAAGAAUUCCGGUGGUAAGUGCUGGAUUCCGGGUUACAAAAGAGAUUUGGUUCGUGAUGCAGAGCCAAUCCUCAAAGAGGAGCCUCUAAAGCCAUGGAUUACCCUCAAAAGGAACAUAAAGAAUAUUAAGUAUCUUCCUUCUAUGGUAGAUAUACGUUUCAAGAGUAGAUAUGUAUAUGUUGAUGUUGGUGCUCGAAGCUACGGAUCGAGUAUUGGGAGUUGGUUCAAGAAAGAGUACCCAAAGCAGAACAAAACUUUUGAUGUUUUCGCCAUUGAAGCUGACAAAACCUUUUAUGAAGAGUAUAAGAUAAAGAAGAAGGUGCAGCUAUUGCCAUAUGCAGCUUGGGUGAGGAAUGAGACAUUGUCGUUUGAGAUCAAUCACGAUCCGGGAAAGGAAGUGGAAGCGAAAGCAAAGGGCAGGGGAAUGGGGAGAAUCCAGCCGGUUAUAAAGAACUCAGGCGAUGAUUCCGCUGGAGAGGUGAAUUUGAUUCAAGGGUUUGAUUUCGCAGAUUGGUUGAAGAAGAAUGUGAGAGAGAGGGACUUUGUUGUGAUGAAAAUGGAUGUUGAAGGAACCGAAUUCGAUCUAAUCCCCAGGCUUAUCAAGACAGGAGCAAUUUGUCUAAUCGAUGAGUUGUUCCUUGAAUGCCAUUACAAUAGGUGGCAGAGAUGUUGUCCUGGUCAAAGGAGCCAAAAGUAUAACAAGACUUAUAAUCAAUGCUUAGAGCUCUUCACUUCGCUCAGACAAAGUGGGGUGCUUGUCCAUCAAUGGUGGUAA